AUUUGCUUUAUUUGAUGUUCUUCCUUCUCAUUUCCAAGUUUUACACUUUCCCUCUCUCUUCAUUUUAUUGCCUACUCGAAUAAUCCAAAAUAUCAAUCUCUUCCUUUUCUUUUCUUUUUAUUUUUUAUUUUUUUUAUUUUUGUUCUUCACCCAUUUCCAAUGAGAGUUCCCACUCUCUAAAUCUCAAUUCCAAUAAAUCCUUCAGAUUUUGCUGCAAUUUCCCCACUUAAAUCCUCGAAUCUCCAGCGACGACGUUUUUCAUCUACCAUCAACGAGAGUGUAAAUUUCUCUUGGUUUUAUCCCACAAGUUUUUGAUCCAUUUUUUGAAAUAAGAAACUAAACCAAAGAGCGAGAGGAAAAAGAGAGAGCUAGCAAGCAAAAUAGUGAGCUAGGCUAGAGAGGGGAAUAAUGGUAAGACGGAUUCAUCUAAUUAAAAAUUGGUUUCAAAGAAUUAAAAUAUGUUUGAGAGUGAUUUUGAAUGGGAUAUUUCAACUAUUUCAAAACCAUAUUCUAAAAAUUUGGUCUUUUUGUCUAUUUUUAUUACACGUUAGAAAGCUGGGAAAGAAGAAAGAGAAGAGGUGUUAAACAAUGGCAGCCACUUCUAGCUUGCACAUAGCGAUGUACCCUUGGUUUGCUUUUGGCCACUUAAUUCCAUAUCUCCAAAUUGCCAACAAGUUAGCCAAAAAAGGCCACAGAAUCUCCUUCUUAAUCCCAUCAAAUACUCAACCCAAAUUGCAGCCUUUCAAUCACUUUCCAAAUCUCAUUACCUUUCUCCCCAUCAUUGUUCCUCAUGUUAAUGGUCUCCCACAAGGUGCUGAAACUACUGCUGAUGUUUCUAAUCUUCAACAGUUCAGUCUCAUCAUGACUGCAAUGGAUCUCACCCAACCACAAAUCGAAUCCUUCCUCCAACACGUAAAACCCCAUUUCUUCUUCUUUGAUUUCACCUACUGGAUGCCAAAAUUAGCAUCUCAAUUCGGCAUCAAGUCAAUUUAUCAUAGUGUAAUUAGUGCAACAACAUUUGCUUAUGUUUAUCCCCCAUCAAGGCAACUCUGUGGACAUGAUUUCACUGUUGAUGAUUUUAUGAAGCCACCUCUUGGCUUCCCAAGUUCCGUUAUCAAGCUUCAUUCUCAUGAAGCCAAAUUUUAUGCAUCCAUGAGCCAUAUGAAAUUUGGCUCUGAUGUUCUCUUCUUUCAUCGCCAUUUCACCGGUCUUUGCGAGUCUGAUGCUAUUGCAUUCAAGUCAUCUAGGGAGAUUGAAGGGCCUUUUAUAGAUUAUCUAGAAACCGAAUUCAAAAAGCCUGUUCUGCUUUCAGGACCUGAUGGAAACAUACAAGAACCAACAACAACUUUGGAACAAAGAUGGGCAGAAUGCCUUUCAGAGUUCAAAGCUGGUUCAGUCAUUUACUGUGCAUUUGGAAGUGAAUGUACCUUAACAAAAGACCAAUUGCAAGAAUUGGUAUUGGGCUUUGAGCUUACAAACUUACCAUUCUUUGCUGUGCUCAAACCUCCACACGGCAUGGAUACGAUCAAUGCCGCUUUGCCUGAAGGUUUUGAACAGAGAAUUCAGGGGAGAGGGGUAGUGUAUGGAGGAUGGGUUCAACAACAGCACAUUUUGGAGCAUCCAUCAAUUGGAUGCUUUGUUACACAUUGUGGGGCAGGGUCUUUAUCUGAGGCAUUGGUGAAAAAGUGUCAGUUGGUGUUUUUACCUCAUAUUGGUGACCAUUUUUUUAGAGCAAGAACAUUGAGCAGUUGUUUGAAGGUUGGUGUGGAGGUGGAGAGAAGGCAAGAAGAUGGGGUUUUUAACAAAGAAAGUGUGUGUAAGGCAGUGAAGACAGUGAUGGAUGAAGAGAAUGAAAGUGGGAAAGAGAUCAGAGCAAAUUUAGCAAAGUUAAGAGAGUUAUUGGUUGACAAAGAUUUGGAAGAGUCAUACAUCAACAACUUCAUCCACAAACUCCAUUGUUUGAUUGUAAGUAACAAGGAAACAAAGAAGACUCUUUAGUCUUUUCUUUUCUACUAAUUUCUUUAUCAAACUUCCUUUUACCAUGUACUAUUUAUCAACCAUUAGUCAAUUAUGCCUCAUGCUAUUAAAUUUACAUUUUUGUUGAUGUUUUCA